UGCAAAAAAAUUCCUGGAUAUUAUGCCUGAGGACCUCAUAUUUUCUGUUUAUUUCAGAAUAAUAAUAUGUUUUGUCAGAAAUAUUGAUAAUGUGUGGAAUGUUCUUGAGAUUCAUGGUUUAUCAAGGCAUAGUGUUAUGAAAAAAACUUCUCUAUUGGGUGAUAAAAGUGUGAGGCAUUGGAUCCCAUAUGAUGAACUCCAAAAUGCAAAGAGGCUACAAUGUUUAUCUUGCAUGGACCAGUAUCAGGAUGGGAUAACCUCCUGUGAAGCUCCAUCAAGAAGCCUCAAUCACGCCCAUUCUAUGAGGGUACUGAUAAAGUUAUGAGAGAAGUAUUUAAGAAACAUGUGAUGUCGGUAGAGGAAUAGGGAUUUUUUUCUCAGGUUAUCACACAGCAUGUCAAUUGAUGUUUUUUGCUCAAUUCAAGGUCUUUCUAUUGUUCUUCAUUUUCUGAUUCUUUCUUGUCAUGAAUCUUCUUUCAUUUUG